AUGAAUGAAACACCUGCAGAAGCAGGUGGCCUCUCCCUGGGAGAAGGAAGUGCUGAAUCUGAGGACAAAGACAUGGGCCCUGCUGGCUGUAUCUUCUUGCUGCCCCUUCUGCUGGGCAUUUCAGUCUGUGGGCGGCCUGCAGUCUCCUCUGGCAUUGCCUCAGGCAGGGAGGCCAAGGUGGGGCAGUGGCCCUGGCAGGUCAGCAUCCGCGAGGGCCCGCUUCACAUCUGUGCAGCCACCCUCAUCUCAGAGCAGUGGGUGUUGACAGUGGCAAGCUGCUUCCGGUCUAAAGACAUCAGAAAAUACAGUGUAUUGGUGGGGUCACUUCAGGUCUCUGGUCGCCCAGGCUCCAAAGCAACGAUAAUAGCUGUGUCCAGGAUUAUCCCCUACCAUGACUUCCAGGGAAAUACAUCUAGUACCAUCGCUGUGGCAGAAUUGGCCUACCCAGUUUCUUUUACCCCUGUUGUCCUGCCCAUCUGCCUCCCCUCAUCUGCAGUCCAGCUGAAGAAGUCAACUUCCUGCUGGGUGACCGGAUGGGGCUAUUCUGGAACAUACCGAUACAUGAAGCCAUCCUAUACACUGAAGGAGCUAAAAGUGCCCCUUAUUGAUCUCCAGACAUGCAGGGACCACUACCAGAAAGCAAACUCGAGUGGAAUCAAGCCCAUCAUCAGUGAAGCCAUGAUCUGCUCUAAGCUCCCAGUGGAACGGAUGGAUCAGUGUAUAUGUGUGGAUGACCCGUAUACUCAGGCCGUGUCGUGGGUGGCCAUGACGCUGUUGCAGGGCAUUGGCCAGUCAGUGUGCACUUGCACCAGGCCCAUGUCUGUGGAGGGUCUCUCAUCGGUGACAGUGGACACUGACAGCAGCACACUGCAUAAAAAUGUGAGUCCUAGCUGGAGCUGGAUUCUUUUGUUAUAUAUGGUAUGGCUGGGAUCAAUUCACAACUCAAACCAAAGUGUGAAGCAUCAUGUAUUCAAAAUUAUUAUCCAUCCCCAAUUUCAACAUAUAACUGCAGACAUCACCUUGUUGAAACUGUCACCUUUUACUUCUUUCAUCUUGCCCACCUGCUUGCCCCACAUUACAAAGCGGUUGACACUUCCAGGCUCUUGCUGGGUGACUGGAUGGCAAAAGGUUAUGGAAAGUGAAGAUAGUGAUUACCCUUCCACAUUCCAGGAAGCAAAAAUAACAAUCUUUGCCUGUCAGGCCUGUGAACUCUACAACCCAACUGGCUCCAUGUUGCCAGAGUUAGACCAAGUCAUCAAAGAAGAUGAGAUAUGUGCUGGUCAUUCAACUAACAAGAAGGAUAGCUGCAAGGGUGAUUCUGGAGGGCCUCUGUGAUGUCAUAUUAAUGGUGUAUGGAUCCAGAUAGGAUUGGUAAGCUGGGGAACGGGCUGUGCUACAUCUCUCCCUGGAGUCUACACCAGUGUGAUCUACUAUCAAAUUAUUAAGACCACUAUCCCAAGAGCUGAGGUCGUGGAUGCCAACGAUUUGGACUGAUCUGACCUCCUGUUCCUUAUCGUACUGCUCUCUCUAGCUCUCCUGGGACCCUUCUGUGCCUUUGCGCCUAACAUUUUACCAGGAGAGUAG